AGGCGGUUUUUUUAUAACAUCCAUCGAACGUGAUUGCUGAGAUGCGCGUAUGACUGAUAAUGUAAUCCGUAAAAAGCUGGUGUUUCUGUAAGUGACCAGACAUGUAGCAAAUUCCAGCCGCUUCUUGUUUUGAGCCGUUCCUGUGUUGAGCCUGUUUCGCAGGGAGCAAGCAUCAUGCCGGGCUCCACAGGACCCGCGGCUGCACACUCCGAGGAGGAGUUCACUUCUCCUGGUCGGCCAGUCUAUGAAAUGCAAACAUGUCUGGGUCUGGAAGAAUGCCACUUGUGAUGCUGUAUUUGGAUUCCAAAAAAAUCUAUCUUGCAUGAGUAGCAAACAGAAUGCAAUUUUUGCUACGCUGAGAAGGCAUUUGUCAUGCGGAAUAGGCACAGGAAGCCCUCAAAAAAUCUGUAUUGCUAGGCGGGUAUGCAUCACAGACAUCAUGGCUCACGCAAAACGUGCAUGACAAGUGUCAGAAUCUUCCAGACAUUUUCAUUGUUGAUACAGUCGACGCUACAACGACGACCUACGGUACCUACAAAACGUAUGGAAGCGUCGGGUUUGAAAUCGUCAAAGUUGAAAAAAUCUGUAAUGCGUAAAAUGCAUGACCCGAGGUACGUGUGUUGCAGAGCAGGCAAGCGAGGCCGAUUGUAAGCCUGUUUGGCGGGGUUACAGCUGGAGCUGCUAAAGUAGCAUGAGAAAAUCGGUCUUCUUUGCCUAAGCAGCAUGACAAACCGGAUUUAGGGACCGCCGAAAUUUGUCAUGCGCUACUUGGAAACUGGGUUCCAACUGGCAUCCAUUUUAUGCAUGACAAACUUUGUCGAUUUCAACUCUGACACAUCCAGAAAACGGAGUAUGACCACAGACCUGUCUCCAGCAAGGAUGAGAAGCAACUGCUCCAACAACAACACUCCGCGCUCAUUUCCCAGCUCGGACCCACCGCGCAGAUCAUGCUGAGUCCGAAGGGGGUGGCUAACUGCUCCACCGCGAGUACGCGAGAGAUGAUGGUACUGUGGAUCCUGGUCGGGUCUUCCCUGUUUCUCUGCAUCGUGGAGGUCUGGGUGUCGAUUUUGGCGCAUUCGGUCGCUUUGCGGGCGGACGGGUUUUCGGUGGGCGCGGACACAGCGGGCUACGCGGUGAAUCUGAUAUUGGAAUAUGCGAAGAGAAAUACCGUGUCCAGCAACAGCCGGCAGUUUUACGAUCUGCUCGGAGCGAUCUUGUCGCUCGGUAUAGAGAAAAAAAUCAAGUGUGCUGUGAUUUUCAUUUUUUGGCUAUCGUUGUGUGGUCUCAAAAUCUACUCGGAGAUUCGUGCGGUCUUGCGGCAACCUGUCCGACAUUGUCAUUGGAAUCAAUCUCGUUGAGCGAAGAUCUCCUGCUAGCUUGCGCAAAAAUCCUUUACAUGAGUUCGUAGAGAUUUAUCCUUUUUCGUGUUAACAUCCAGCAAAAUGAAAUACAGGUCUUCUCUUUUUCUGCACCGUCUCUAUCGCGAGUCAGAGUAUCUCUCGGAUCGAAAACGCGGGGAGGCACCACAUCCACUACUAUCAGCACCGAUUGUACCGAACGCGACUGUGGAUGCACAAAGACCACGAGUUGGCGGGAUUAGCCCAGGAUAACGAAGGUAGUUACAACCAUUCGCAUAUUACAAUGAAAAAUGCCCCCACCGCCGAACUUGGGAGCAUUUGUAUUGCAAACCUUUGCAAAUGAAACACUCACCCUAUUGCAUCUAUCAGCAUCACAGAUUCCCAAUCGUGAAUUUGUAUUGCGCAAGAUCCCGCCAGCAAGAGCGGCGCUUGUCAUGCAAGCAAUGCGAUAUACGCCUAGACUCUGCAUCAGAAAGAUUUAUAGUCCUUUCAUGCAUGACAAAAAGUUUUCACUUGGAAACUUUGCAUCACAAAUUAUUGUAACUUUGGGGGUGGGGGCAUUUUUCAUUGUAAUAUCGCAACAACAAGAAUCUACGCCGAACUUCAAACCGGUUUUUUUCGUCUAUGCUGUGCAAAAGUAUCGUACUCGUAUAAAUGCAGGUCUUGCAACAUUACAAAUUUCUAUGUCAAGGCAAAACUGCAUUACAAAUUUUAUUUCUCAUGCUGAGAAAAUGUAUGCCCGGGCAGUAGCAGGCUAGCGAGCCUGGGAGUCUAGGCUGAGGCUGGUCGGGCGGUAUUUUAUAUGUGUCCGCAUCCAGCCCCUUUACGGUAGCCAGGGCUUUGAGAUCGAUGGUGCGAACCUCUUCCCCACUCUGGGUUGAAGUUUGUUUUCUUUCUCUCUAACAAGUCCCAGGGAGUAACGCCCCUGCCGUUGGUAGUAAGUAUGGUCCAUCCGCCUUAGGAAAGUCUCUCUCAUCCGCUUGUCGGAAAGUCUGGUCUCAUCCGCUCCGCGGAAAGUUUGGUUAUCCGCUUGUCGGAAAGUAUGGCAUCAUCCGCUUGCGGAAAGUUUCAUCUAAGCUAGUCUGGCCACACUGAUGCAUUCUUGCCGCUACACGCAGCAAGAAUACACAUAUCAUGCGGUCUCGCCUUGUUUUGGGAAGGAGGGUCGUUUGGCACUGGCGGUUCGAACCCGGUACCCUUGCGAACUUUUUCCCAAGCCGAAGCGCUUGGUCUUCUCGAGUACUAUGAUACUAGUGCCCUCCUAGUACGACGCAGUGGGAGAUGCUCCCAUCGAGCGAUCAUCCAUAGGGUGAUCCCUCCGCGGUAACUGCAUAAAAUUUGUAAUGCAUUUAUACGAGUGCGAUAGGAUACUUUUGCAGUCCAUAUCGUCGCGGUUCUCGCGAUGCUGACCGACAUUGGGCAGAUUAUCAGCAUUCGAUUGUUGUUGAAACGAAACUACACGAGUACUUCCGCCACGUCCAACUAUGAAUUGCAAAAGUAUCGUACUCGUAGUAUAGCAACACAAAUUACCUCAGCAUGACAAGAAGAAUUUGUCAUUCUGAUUUAUUAGCUAGAAAACGAAAUUUGUCUUGCAUGACUGCGAUUUUUAGCACGAGCGCGAUACUUUUGCACGGGAUACCAACGGUCCAAACGCAAAUGUGGACGCCGCGCUGAUCCACUUCUGGGCAGAUGUGAUGCGGUAUCAGAGUGCACAAGAACUACUCCCUCUCGUUCUCAUUUGUGAUCGUAAAAUUCCAACGCAACUCCAAGUGCUUUUCUGUGGCACUGUGUGCAUGACAGAUUCCGGAAGGCCAGACAGUACUACACUAGGCGCCUUUGUCAUGCACAUGCUCGGUGAUGUGUGCUGCUGUUUGUAUUGCUUUCCGCGCAAUAGAAAGGAGGGGAGGGGGAAUUGUGCACUUUCAUAUGCGAGGCGUGUGCGUUUUCGUCAUGAGCUUGACGAUGUGGUAAGAUUUUUUCUGUUUUCUUCCUCUUCGAAGUUGCAUAUAUGGAUUUUCGCAUGACAAGGAUCGACUGCGUGCCGCGGCAGGCAACACAAAUUUUGUUUUCAAAAGCUGAAAAUAACUGCUCUUUAUUCAGGUUGAUCCACAUCGGGCCACAAACAGCCCAGCUGAUCGACGGGUUGGUGUCACUCUUCAUCUCGUUCCUCCUGGCCUGCAUCUUUUAUCGCAUGAAGAUGUGAAAUUGUCGUUUAUUUCUUUGAAGAUGAAUUUGACAUGCACAACACAUUGACAUGCAAAGAACAUUGUAUGAUGACGAACCGAGUUCUUUCCCUAUUCGUGGCUAGUAGUAGCAUGGCGAGUUGAUGGCUGAGAUGGAUACAACUGGCGGCAAUUUCACAAACGAUAUUGCAUUCGGGAUGUUGGUCAAGGUGUACCGCGAUCACAAGCGGAGAUGGGACAAAUCCUAAGGGAGGCAAAACAUUGCGGGUGAUGCAGCUGCAACUACCACACACGGUAAUAUGCGAUCGUAGUUCUAAAAAUUCUUUCAGGUUUUUCUGUAUGCAUCAUAAUUUCUUACGGACACUAGUACAGCAUGUAAUAAAAACUGUUCAGAUUGUUUUGCUUUUGACGUAUUGUUGGCGCUUUUCUGCUACGCUUGUUUUUGAAAAGCAACAGAUUCUACAUCGUUUUACCACACGACAUUGGUUUAUUGCCAGUCGGCUCAAAUGUAAAUUCUGCUAGUAAGAGCCAUAUUUUCUUUUUCCCAUGCUCAUCUUACUCUUAGCCUUGUAUGAUUUCAGUUUCCUAGAAAAGCUUGGGGCGCAAUUAAUCUCUUUUGUUGUACAACACGACACACGACGAGAAACGUACGGAAAUAUUUUCUACAACGGAAGAUGCACAUUUUCAAGAUGCGCUUGAGAGGUACACUUUCCGAUUCUGGUUUUCAACUGGGUACCGGGCCUCCGCACACACGGCUGCACUUUUCCCGGGAUCAUGCUCCGUUCCAAGUAGACUGCUCAAACAGGAAAAGAUGCUCUGCUCGUACCCACGACAGGAUGGUGCAACGUGCUCGGUCCUCAUCGGUUCAGGUUACUUAUUUCCGGCUGACCUGUGCCGGCUUUACUUUUAUUUCUGGGCCUUCCAAAGUGAGACGAUGACGAAGAGG